AAUUAAUCAUCAGAAUCUCCUCAUCAUGACUCUGAAGAUCUUCGCUUUACUCCUCUUGGUGCCUGUCAUAUACGCCAAGAUCUCAGUCAACGUGGUGGCAUCCGAUAAUGAAGCCGAACGCGCUGUAGAGUUGGCUGGCAACAACGUGGAUAUCAUCAGUGACAACGAGAGGAGCACCUUCCAGCUGUCAGACAGUAGACUGAAGGAUGCCGUGAGGGCGAACUUCGGAAAACGCCCCGACGACGCUUAUCUACGAAGCCCUACCCCAUGGGGCGACCUGUAUUCAAGCUACGACUGGCCCCAAGUCACUAGAACUUUGUCCCCGCAAAAAGCUACAAUCCUCGAAGUCUCAUCGCAGCCGACCAUCGUUCUCACGCAACACUUCGAGAACAACAGCACCAAACCAGCUACGUUCACAGCCAAGAUCCAGCAGUCUGUGCAAAACACAGUCACUUCCUCUUGGGAGAAAGGAGGCGAGCUGACGGUCGGCCAAGAUAUUGAAUACGGCUUCGACAUCAAAGCCGUCUCCGUCGGGGGAAAGACCUCCUUCUCUUUCACUUCGAAAUGGGGCGAGAGCGUGUCCAAAUCUGAGUCUGUGACUGUAGGCUCUGAAUCAGGAGUCACGAUCACCCUGGAUCCGCACCAAAGCGUGGUCGCUGAGUUGUAUGCUACUCGCGGUAGCAUGAGGAUAAAGGUGGACUACGAAGCCACUUUGUCAGGCGUGACGGCGAUCAACUACAGCAAACCGUACCAAGGUCACCACUUCUGGGCACUGGCCAUCAACUCUGUGAUGUCUUCCGGCAAUAUCCCAAGGUCCGUCAAAUCCAGUGAGGUCAUCAAAAUGGGCUACUACUCCAACUCCCACGUUGUCAUCAAGGAUGCCCACACGAAGACUAUGCUGUACUCUGUCCCCAUACAAAUACCGACUUACUGAUUUCUUUGUAGUUUGUCUUGUAAAUAAAUUCCUUUUUUAUACUCU